AUGGAUACCUUUCGGAAGAUUUUUGGCUUGGGAUGCAUGCCGCACAAGGAAAACUUGGCCAACUUCACCUCUGUCUACGGACCGGAACAGCCUGAAAUUGGACGUACUACCCGCAAACGCCCCGCCAUUCUCUCAUCAACUUUCAUCGAAGAGCCAGGAUAUGAUGCCCAUGCCAAGAUCCAAGACGCGACUCACCAAUGCCUUUUCCCACCAUUUCCCGUGGAGUUGCAAGCAAAAGCCUUCAUCAAAAGAAGACUCGAAGAGUUGAAGAACAAUGUCUAUGAGAAGGACCUGCUGAACAUGUACGAGGUGUUGAGCAACUGCAUGACUGAACGCGUGGCACUGCAUAUCGCUUCGUCUUUGCAAUCUGUAACGACUACUCAAGAAGCGUUUGAGAAGGUUCUUCUGGAAAACUAUAUGACAUUGCUCAAGAAGACCGAGUGGAACGUUGACUGGUCGGCAUACCAUGAUCUCACCGAUCAUCCUCACUUUGCUCAAUUCUACAAGUGCCAACUCAAAUCGGACUUCAACUACAACAAGAACUCUCAUGAACUCUUCAUGAGAAUGCAGUGCUUCCUCAAAAGUCUAUUCUCGCAGUUCAAAGCUCUGGGCCACCACGGCAACAAGAACUUCUACAGUAUGCUCAAGCUGAUGAAGAAGGAAUUCAACGAGUUUGUGGCUCGUGACUUGUUGGUGCUCUACUACCACACAGAGAGCUCAAAAGGUACCAAGAACAUGGAAUCCUACCUGAUGGCCAAGUACAGUUUCGAAAGAUACAACCCAAUUCCGGAGAACAUGGACGUGACUGCUGUCGAGUUGGAAGACGCUGAGGUGAAAUCGCACCCAUUCUACGUGGAGUACUUUUUGGCCAAGGAAGAUUUGAAAAACACCUACUCUUUCAAAUAUGACCGCUACUUCUCCUGCUACAAGCAAGUCGCCAGCGACUGGAUUUACUUCCGCCGCACCGUCCGUGAUGGAGUCCACCACCUGCCACAAGUCGUCGACGGAAUGUACACUGUUUUGGAUGAGCAGCUCACUUCAUUUCGUGCCUACGAUCUCUUCAUCAUCUCCCAGUAUCGCAUGGAUAUGGACAAGAUCCGUAGAAUGGAAGCGUACUUGUCUGAGAAGUACCGCCCGUAUCUCCACUACGAGAACUUGCCAGAAGUAGAAGCUGGGUACCAGGCGGAGACAGAGACGCCUUCGUUCUUUGCCAAGAACUUCCCGAAAAUCGAGGAAAUCGUGAUGUCCAGCAGACUCAUCAAUUCUGUUUACACUCAAGAGAUGGUCUCCACUGUUUUUGACAUGCUUCGCCAGAAAAGUUCUGAACUCUCUGAGAAACAGGAGGAUGGAAGAACCAGAAGACAUGCGAAACUUCUCAAAUUCCUUCACGACAGACCAAACGAGGAGAGGGUCCGCGAGCUCUACGCGAUGUUCUUCUACAAAUACGACAAGUGGGAGGACGCCUUCUACCAAAAGUAUAGAAUGGACAUCAAGCUCCUCAAAAACUUCGAAGUCGUCGAGAAAUUCUCCAUUUUCGAAAAUUAUUAA